AUGAUCGCCCGUUUCAUCCGUGCAUCAAACAUCCGCCAGGAACAGUUGCGCAUUUAUUUUCUUCGUCGUUUGCUUUCCUGUUCCUUCCUUGUCUUGUUCUUGUACUUGUGGUGGUUGGACAUAGUUCGCAGGACGAAUGAAAUCGGAUAG